AUGGAAAAGAGAAAUUCAAAUAAUAAGAAUAAGGAUAAUACGAAAUGUAUACGAAAACCUAAAAGUUUUAGAGAUUUGAAUAAACCUGCUUUAAGUAUUGGAACACUAGACUUUAUAGAAAAUGGGCUAAAGUUUAAAUAUAUGGCCCCAAUUCAGGAGGUCAGUAUUCCUGAGAUUUUAACAAAUAAAGAUGUAGCAGUAGAAGCUUGUACAGGCUCUGGUAAAACAUUAUGUUAUUUAAUCCCAGUAGUAGAGAUUUUAUUGAGAUCAAGUAUAACCAAUUUAAGUAUUCAAUUUAUUGUAGGAUCAAUUAUUGUUGCACCUACUCGUGAAUUAGCCCUUCAAAUUAACGAAAUACUUGAUCAUUUUUUAAGUUUUAUAGAGAAAUAUGAAGGUAAUAAAUUAAAAAAUAUGUUAUGUAUAGGUGGUAAGGAUAUAUCAGCUACUAUGAAAUAUAUAGAUACUGUAAAUAAUAUAGAAGUUGACAAUAAAGAUGUAUAUAGAACUAAUAAUAGUCAGCUAGUGUAUCAUAUAUUAGUAGGAACACCGGGAAGGUUGUUUCAUAUGUUUAAUAUAUUAAAUGAUGGUAAAGAUUGGUGUAUUAAAUCAUCUCUUGAGAUUUUUAUUUUAGAUGAGGCUGAUAGACUACUAGAUUUGGGUUUUGAGAAACAUAUUAAUGUAAUUUUACGUGCAUUACCUAAACAAAGACGAACAGGUCUAUUUUCAGCAACAUUAACUUCUCAAGUUUGUAAUCUUAUAAAAACAGGUUUAAGAAAUCCAAAAUUUAUAAAGGUAUCUAUGGGAUUAUCGGAUUUUAAUGGUAAUGAUGAUAAUAAAAAAAAGAAUGAAUAUAUUCAACACUCAAGAGAUGUUAAUAUUCCAUCAGGACUAGGAUGUCAUUAUGUUGAACUUAGUAUGACUGAAAAGAACGAAUUUCUCUUAUGGUUUAUUAAUGAAUAUCUAUUUCCAAACAAAUGUCUUGGUAAGAAUAAAGGUACAAAGAGUAUUAUUUUUUUUUUGACAUGUAGUUCUGUUGAAUUUUAUUAUAAAUAUUUAUCAAGUAUAUAUCAUGAGCAUGAUAAUAAAGAGAAGAUAGCAGAAUUUAAUACUUUGGGAAAUUCAACAUAUAUUACAAAUACGAAAAUUGGUGUAUUAUGUAAACUUCAUGGGCAGAUGUAUCAAAAAUCUCGUGAGACAUCUUAUAAUAAUUUUAAAAAGAGUAAUUGUGGUAUAUUAUUAGCUACAGAUGUUGCAGCAAGAGGUAUUGAUAUUCCAGAUAUAGAAUGGAUUAUUCAAUUCGAUGCUCCUCAAGAUCCAUCAUUCUAUAUUCAUAGAAUAGGAAGAACAGCUAGGGCAGGGAAAAGUGGUAAAUCUAUUAUACUUUUACAAAAACAUGAAGAUUCUUUUAUACCAUAUAUUGAAAAGCAGACAUGUCAAGCUUUAACUAAAUUUAAUUUCGAAUUAAAUAAAUUAGAUGAAUCUUAUAAAUCUAAUAUCGUCUCACUUUGUAAAUGUAUUCAAAUAAAUGAUGAAAUUUUGAGUAAGGAUGAAUUUUUAAGAAAUUAUGAAGGUUUAAAUUUGUAUAGAGCUCAAACUCUAAUGAGAAAGCUUGUAAUAAGUGAUCCAGCUACUUAUAUAUUAGCAAAGAAAGCUUUUGUUGCAUUUGUGAGGGCUUAUAAAGAGCAUCAAUUGAAGUUUAUCUUUCCUUUUAAUAUUUUAUCUUUAGGUAAUUUGGCAUCUAGUUUUUCAUUAUUAAGAAUUCCAAGAGUAAAGGAAAUACUUGGUAAAUCCUGUAUUAAAGAUGAUUUUAUAACUUAUUCAGAAAAUAUACACCCAAAUGAUAUUUUGAAAGGUAACCAUUAUUCAAAUGAAGAUUUAGAAGAUAAAAAACAGAUAAAAUUAAAAGAUAAUACGAAAGAUAUAAAUUCAUCUAAUAAUAACUUCAAAUCUAAAACAGCCUUAAAUAUUGAGAACAAGGUUAGAACAAGGACAGAAAAGAGAAAUGCUAAAAGAAGAAUGGAAAUGAACGAAUGGGAAGAUUUACAAUAUGAAGAGAAAUUAACUAAGAAAUUAAGACAAGGUAAGAUAACAUUAGAAAACUAUAAUAAACAAUUAAAAUCCUAUAGAAAAAGUAAUAUGAAUAAUGAAGAUUCUUAUACAGAUGAUGAUUUAGGUUAUUCAUCAAACAGUUGUAAUGAAUUAAGUGAUGAAGAAAUAAUAUAUUCAAAUAAUGGAAAAUCAAAUUUAAAUAUUAAGGUAUAUCCUAAUGUUCUUACUAAAAAGAUUCCAAAGUGGGUAUAUAGUAAGAGCAAAUCUAAAAAGAAAAGAUAA